UAUAAAUGUGCAUACAUGCACCUUUGCUCAUAGCAAUGCACGUAUGCAUCAUCCAUGUGCAUACGCGGGGAGAAGAAGAGAAGAAAACAACAGGAUUCAUCAGCACGUGUCAGCAGUGGGUGUUUAAAAGCCACGAAGCUGCUUGUUUGAGGGUGUUUUCUUUGCUUGUGUGUCUGCCCGACUCCUUUGGAGAGAUCAAAAAAUAAAAGUACCGGGGCGGAAAUAAAAAAAAACAUGCUACUCUCAGACAAUUAACGAUCCAGCAUUCGUCUGCGGAAAUGCCGAAAGGAGAAAGAGAAGAGGAAGGGAAUGAAUGCGAAGAUAGGGGCAUGAGGAGGAGAAGUGCAUUCACAUGUGGAGGCAGCAGGCGGCUCAGGCUGGUAUUGCUCUAUGCCUCACCGUCUUGGUUAAGAAGAAUCUUUGGAAUUCCCACGGACCGUGAACUUCACCGGACAUCUUACCUGGCUGGCAGUCCGAACGGAUCAGAGUACCGCUUCAGCCGCAAACCCUGUCCACCCUACCACAGAGGAUUAAUCCCAGGCUCCCGCCGGCACCGUGCUCCGGGUCAGCUCUCAGUCCUGACUCGCCCUUUCCCUGGCGGAUACCCGUCACCUAUCUAUGUUGUAAUGAGUGUUGGGGUUUAAACCUAACAUUUAAAUGGUCCUUCGAGCCGGAUUCCAAGAUACCUGACGAUCCCAGCGGGUGAGAGAGAUCCAGGUAAAACUCCGUGGCCACGGUAAAAAGACCUUUUCCGGGACUGGUUCUCCCUGGCAAGCUGGGACCCAAGGGUUGACGGAACUCCAAAGACGCAGAGAAGUGUGAGUAAAUCUUAUGAUUAAAAAGAGGGAUGAAUGACAAAAGUAUAAAAUAGUAAAACCCUGACAAUUCUAGACACUAUCAGGUACAAGAGAAGAAUACAGUUAAAUUCCGCAGGAGGGUAGACUCCCUUAGUUGAAAUAGACUAAUUAAAUUCUACGUUAAGGACGGCGGAGUCCUCUGUUAGGAAACUAAUAAAAGGAGCGAGUGAGUGUGAGAGUGGAAAAAUAGCCACCACUAGGUGACUGUUUUUCAUAUAAAUUAAACAAGGAACAAAUGGUGAGCCGUUGCGGAUGCAUGUAGGCAAGAAAAUUCCACCUUAACGGGUUGAAAUGAAUUUUACCGCAACAGGUUAGUUGAUCACCAUCUUGUUUAAAAGGUAUUUCCAGUAUUUAGAACACACCAGGUGUUAAAACCAUACUGGAACUAAAAGUCGCCUAAAAAUGGGUAAGGGACAAAGUAAAGAAAAACAAAAGUUACUUGAUAAUUUAUCAUGCAAAGAUUGGAAAGUAGUAGAAAAGGAAGAACCAAUAGCUGUGGAACCAUUGUGUUACUGGGUAAAACAUUAUAACUUUAAUGGAAAGUUAUCCACGGCUGCCUUAAAAGACUUACAAGGUAAAAUAGCUAACAAAUGUAAACAAAAUGAAAAACAAAUGAAAAGAGAAGGUUAUGCACAGACAACGGUAUGGUGUAAAAUAGUGCCUUCCAACAAACAGUGCCUUCCAACAACAGUUAAAAAAUGCACUCCAUUCAGGUUCGUCACCUGAAAUACAUGGCUGGGUAAACCGCCAUUACAUAGGAAUGAGUGGAGGCUUAUUACAGGAUUACAUCAACCAUGCCCUGCAUGCAGAAAAAGUUAUAAAAAGUAAAAAGACCAAACAAAAAGACACAGUGUUCUACCACGAGGAAGAGACAGCCUGUUUUGAUAAUGCAGUUUAUUAUCAACAAACACGAGGCAGGGGGCGUGGUAGAGGUCGAGGAAGAGGUAGAGGCAAAGGACAUUUUGGAGCACUAAAUCCAAGAGCAUGCUGGUCCUGUGGAAAAGAGGGACAUAUGGCAAGAGACUGCCAAAGUAGCUCUGCCCAACAAAACUAUAGUGUGUGACUAGCACCAGAGCCGCAGGGGAAACUGAGCAGACAACCCCUUGGUGAAAUGACAGAAAGGGUACUUUUGACUGAGGAGGGAGAAAAUAUAUUAAAUCUGAAAGAACUGUUCUAUGUAGAAAAAAUUAGACCAGAAAUAACAUUGAUAGUACAAGGCACACCUAUCACGUUCCUUUGUGAUUCUGGAGCAUGUAGAACCACCCUCAGAGAGCCACUACCACAUGCAAAGCCUAGUGGAAAUUAUGCUGUGGUCAGAGCAGCCCAAGGAGUGACAAAAAGGGUUACUGAGACUGAGCCCAUAUGGCUCAGAGACCCGGAAGGAAAAACAUGCCAACUUUCGGUACUGAUAUUGCCAGAAUGUCCAGUAAAUCUAUUAGGUAGAGAUGCAAUGGUCGCCUUACAACUAAUCAUAUUGCCAACUCCUGAUGGAUUAAAAAUAGCUAGGGAAAGGCCUGAAAAUGUAUAUGUAAUGCAGGGAGUGGGAAGCCCAAACUAUUACUAUACAUUGGACAUCCCAAAUAAAGCACCAACUUCCACGGGGUCAUUUCUCGUAGAUGAAGGAAAAAAUUCCAUACAAAACCCUCAGGAUGUAAUGUCACCUGAUGACCUACAUGUUACAAUGUGGUACACAAACAAACCAGACACCAAAUACAAAAGCGAAUUUGACAAAAUCACUCCAGUAACAAUAACAGUGUCAUAUGUGUACUCAGACGUGACGGCAAAUGCCGCAGCUGCAGUAAUACUGCCAGAUACAGUCAAAAGGUUGUUUAGACAAUACUCAGAACCUCAUAUCUCACUGUGUAAAGAGACAACUGAAGAGUGGAAAAACUUGGGCCAAUUAGUAAACAGUGGUGAAAGAGCAAGAAAUUGGGUUGCAACAGGUGUAAACACCUGGUACAGUCAAUCAACCCUGAUGACAAAAAAGGCAUUGUUUUGGACAGUGACUGUCCAAUCCGGAGUGCAUCUAGACAAAAAGGAAAAGUGACAUAUCUUCUUUACUAAGGAACAAGAGGAACUGUUGAAGUUGGUUCCUGAAAAACUAUGGUCUCAAGGGCCAACAGAUGUUGGUCUAGUCAAAACAGCGCUUCCUGUUGUAAUAAGACCCAAAACAGAAUACAGGCCUAGAGUGAAACAAUACCCGCUAAAACCUGAUGCAAUGAUAGGAAUUGAACCAGUUAUUACAGAUUUGAAAAAAGGCAGGAGUGUUGAUUGAAUGUGCUGAGUCACCCUGUAACACUCCUAUAUUCCCUGUAAAAAAGGCACCUCCAUCUGUAGGGUGGAGGAUGGUUCAGGAUUUACAAGCAGUUAACAACGCAGUCAUUCAAAGAUCGCCGUGUGUAGCAGAUCCACAAACACUGUUGAAUUCUCUGAACCCAAAAGCUAAGUUUUUCACUCUAGUGGACAUAAGCAAUGCAUCUUUCUCUGUGCCACUGCAUAAAGACAGUCAGUACUGGUUUGCUUUCACAUUUAAAGGAAAAAGGUACACCUACACAAGGUUACCUCAGGGAUAUUGUGAGAGUCCAACAAUCUACUCUCAAGUUUUGACCUCCAGUCUCUCCACCUUCGAGCCUCCACAAAACAGUCAACUAUUAACAUAUGUAGAUGACAUACUGGUGGCAUCAGAAACAGAAGAAGCAUGUAAACAGGACACUUUAGCUCUCCUAACACAUCUAGCAGGAGAAGGCCAUAAAGUAAGCAAAAGCAAGUUGCAAUUUUGCAAAGAAACAGUAAAGUAUUUGGGUCAUCAAUUACGUUCAGGAGGAAGAACAAUAAUGGAAGAGAGAAAAACAACAAUAUUACAAGCACCAAAACCAAUAACAAAAAAGCAAACAUUAAAAGACAUGCAACAACAAUCACCAAAGCAGGAACAACAACAAUGGCAAAGAAAAGGGGCACAAUUAAAAGAUGGUAUUUUCACCUGACCAGAAAAUAAACCAAUCCUACCAAAAAACCUAUACAAAUGGGCAGCAAUAUUGAGUCAUGGUAAGUCACAUGUCUCAACAGGAGGGAUGACAGGAUUGGUAAACCAAGUAUACACAACCUAUGGAUUCAACUCCUAUUCAAAAAAUGUUUGUAGAAGCUGCUUAGUAUGUGCAAAACACAAUGCCCAAGGGAACUUAAGGCCAAAAAGGGGACAAUUUCCCAAGGCCAAAUAUCCUUUUCAACAUAUCCACAUGGAUUUCAUAGAACUAAACAACAGCGAAGGGAAAAAGUAUUGUUUAGUAAUAAUAGAUCCAUUCUCAAAAUGGAUAGAAUUAUUUCCAACAAAAACACCAGAUGCAUUAACAGUGGCAAAAGCCUUAUGCAAAGACAUAAUACCAAGGUAUGGUAUUCCAGAGAAAAUCUAUAGUGACAACGGUACACAUUUUGUUAAUCAAAUCAUUAACAAAAUAGGACAAGCCUUCCACAUAGACCUAAAACACCACUGUGCUUAUCAUCCACAAAGCACUGGGCUAGUAGAAAGAAUGAAUGGGACUAUAAAGAACAGGUUAAGAAAAUGCAUGGAAGAAACUGGAAGACCAUGGACUAAAUGCAUGGAUUUAGUAAAACUCGAUAUCAACAUAACUAGCUCAGAUGGAUUAACACCAUAUGAAACUGUGUUUGGGAGACCUUACAGACUGCCAUAUUUUAAAAAUAUGUGGGAAACAGAUGAUGAAAGCACACUGGCAGAUUAUAUGAGAAAGAUGUUACAACAAAGACAGCAAAACAAUGAGAAAACUAAUGAUGAUGAAACUUCUGUGUCUACGCAGGGAAAACCGUUAGUUGAACCAGGUGACUGGGUCCUGAUAAAAAGCAUAAAGAAGAAGCAUUGGCAUUCACCUAAGUGGGAAGGGCCCUAUCAGGUGUUGUUGACUACUGGAAUUGCGAUUAAGAUUGCAGAAAGGAACUCAUGGA